AUGCCCUCCCUCCUAACCCUCGCAACCACCCUCGCGGCCGAGCACCCCACAACCGUCACAACCAUCACCCUCCUCCUCACAACCUACUUCCUCCUCUACCGAUGGCAGCUGGUCAAAACCCACCCUGACGAGCCACCCAUCGUCCCGUCUGCGAUUCCGUUCGUGGGCCAUGUUUUGGGAAUGGCCAUUUUCGGAGGGCGAUAUGUCAAGAAUCUGGGCCUCAAACAAAAAUCCCACCCCCUCUUCACCCUCCCUCUCCCCCGUUCCCGCCUCUACAUAGUCACCGACCCAGCCCUAGCAACCUCCGUCCAGCGCGCGGCCCGUACCCUAUCUUUUACCCCUCUCGUCCCCCGCAUCACCCAGCGCGUGCUGGGCCUGGACGACGCUACUGUGGCUAUCGUCCAGCGGGAUCUGGAUCCGGGUCCUGGGAUGCCAAGGGGGUUUUUGGCCGAUGUGCAUGACCUUGUGUAUGGUGCGUUGGGGCCGGGGGAGGAAUUGGCGGGGUUGAGUUUAGGGGUCGCGGAGGGGUUGGCGAGGGUGGUUGAGGGGUUCGUGAAGGAGACUUUCCCUUCGUCGAUUCCAUCCGCUGAGGAAGAAAAGGGGGAUAGGGAUCCCGGGGUGGUGCUGGAUCUGAUGCAGUGGAUACGGCAUUUUGUGACGGUGGCCACGGCGGAGUUGUUGUAUGGCGAGGAGAACCCGAUUGCGCUGGACCCUGGGUUGGAAGCGGCGUUUUGGGAUUUUGAUCAUGGGUUGGGGUCACUGUUGAUGGGGGUGUGGCCGACUGUGACGGCAAGGCGGGCGUACCGCGGGCGAGAAGCGUUGGUGGCUGCGUUGGAGAGGUAUCUGCUCGAGGGGAAGUAUCUGGAGAAAGAAGGACGGAAAGGGGCGGCCGGGAUUGUGCAGCGGCGGAUCGAGAUUGCGCUGCGGCAUGGGUGGACGAUGCGGGCGGUCGCGCGGUCGGAGCUGUCGUUUUUGUUCGCGGGGAUUGUGAAUACCGCGACGACAACGUUUUGGAUGGUCCUGUACCUGUUUGCGGACACAACUACGGGUGAUGAUAACCUUCUCUCGGCCGUUCGUGCCGAACUCAACCUCAACACCAUCGCCAACACCACUAGCAACGAAAAUACCACCAACUCAGGGACCAACACAGAAACCAACACCCCCACAAUCUCCCUAACCACCCUCAAAACCGCCUCCCCAACCCUAAACGCGCUCUUCCGCGAAGCCCUCCGCCACAACUCCGACACCUACUCCACGCGCCUCGUCACCGAAUCAACCACCCUCUCCGCCCCAUCAUCAUCAUCCUCCCCCAGCUCAGACUAUAUCUACCAAACCCAAUACCACCUCACGGCGCAAAGCGUCGUCCAAAUCUCAGGCGGCACCAUCCACAAUGACCCACGGAUCUGGGGGGAUGAUGUACGUGCCUUUCGGCCGGGGCGGUUUUUACCACCGUCUUCUUCUAUUUCCGGUAGCGGGAAUGGGAAUGGGAAUGGGAAUGGGAAUGGAAACGGGCCCGAAAAGCAAAUCCACCCCGCCUCCUUCCGCGCCUUCGGCGGGGGUAAAACGCUCUGUCCAGGCCGACACUUUGCGACGGCCACGAUCCAGGCGUUUGUGGCUGUGAUCGCGGGGACGUUUGAGAUAGAGGGGGCCGACACAAACAAGAUUGUGGUGCCCGGGAAGGAAGACGGGGUGUUGCCUGUGCAUGUGUUGGAGCCGAAGAGGCCGGUGAUGGUGAAGGUGAGGGUAAGGAAGGGGAUGAGGAGGAGGGGGUGGGGGCUUGUUGCUUAG